AUACACGCGGUGUCGUUCGUUGGGUUGUCGGUAAACGCAGUCGCACCGCCGCAGUCCGUCCGACGCUACAUCGGACAAUAUAAUAUUAAUGUUUUUGAUGAAAUUUAUUCGGUACAAACGCGUUAUGUAAAUAGUAUAAUAUAUAAAAAAAAAAAAAAUCGAUUUCGACAAUAAGGACGUUCGUAAACAUUUUUGACGUACGUUUUAAAUAACUUCCUUUACUCAAGAAAUUAACGUUUUAAUAUAGUUCUCACUUACAAAUACACAAAGCGUCUUUUGUAAUUCAAAAUAACGAAAAUACGAUAUAAUAGUUAAGUUUUGGCGGACACAGAAAAAAAAAACGAAUUUAAGAAACACCAAUAAGAGCGAUUUAUUUCUGCCAAUCGCCUACUAAAAUAAAAUAUAACAAUCAUUGUUAAUUAUUAAUAAAACAAUUUUACCAUAUGCUCGCGAUGAUUCUCUAUCGAUUCUUAAUAUGAUUCCAGUGUGUUUAUAUACUUGACAGUGUUAUAGCUAUUGUAGACAGUUAAAUAUAUUUUUUUUUAUCGUUUCAACUAAAUAUGUUUGUAACAAAACCAAAAUGGUUCGAAAAGGUCACCGUGGAACCAAUGUUGUUUUUGUAUUUUGUAACAUUGGCUAUUUCAGCUUUGGUGGGCACGAACUUGAUACUGCGAAAGGGGUGCGACCUGACGGCCACCGUACAGCCGGCCAACCUGAGGGACAAGUGCCUGAACGAGAGCUACGCUCAGGAGCUGGUGGCUAAGAUACAGACGUGGAAGCUGACCAUCCAGUACUCCGUGCCACUGGUGUUCAUAUUGUUCGCGGGCCCGUGGAGCGACACGCACGGCCGCCCGCGGCCGCUCAUGUUCAUACCGAUCGCCGGUCAGCUGCUGACGGACGCGUUUAACGUGCUGAACGUGUACAACUGGCACUGGUCGCCCGCCAUAGCCGCCGUGUCCGAGUGCCUGGUGCCCGCGCUCACCGGGUCCCGGAUAUGCUGCCUGGUGGGUGUCGCGUCCUACGUGGCCGACAUCACGCGCAUCCAGGACCGGACCAAGCGCAUCGGCAUGCUCAUGUCGCUGUACUUCAUCGCCACGCCGGUGGGCGCCUGCACGGCUGGCUUCCUGAACGUCAACAUCGGCUUCUACGGCACGUUCGGCGCGUGCAUGGCGAUGAACGUGGUGGCGCUGGCGCUGGGCGCGAUCCUGGUCAAGGAUACGUCGGUGCCAUACGACAAGGCCACGUCCGUCUGGCAGACGGUCAACCCGAAGGUGAUCGCCGAUUCGGUGCGCGUGCUGGUCAAGAAACGGCCCAGCCGAUCGCUGCUCAUUUACAUGACCGUCGUGUCGCCGCUCACCGUUGGACCCAUGCAAGGUGAAUACUCCAUACUUUAUCUUUUUGUCAGAUAUAAAUUUGGAUGGAACGAAAUCGAUUAUAGCCUCUACGCUGCAUACAAAAUGACCGGGAUACUUAUAGGUACUAUCAUAGCUAUAUGGUUAAUGAGUGUAAAACUGAAAAUGCACGAUGCAGCAAUAGGAUUUAUUGGCAGCAGUUUCGACUUAAUCGCUGCAGUGUGCUAUAGCUUUGUCACCCAACCUUGGCAGCUGUAUGUAGUGCCAGUAAUAGAUAUUUUCCAUGGUGCAGCGUUUACAGUUAGCACAUCGAUGGCGUCCAAACUCGUCGACAACAGUGAAUUAGCGCAACUCAAUUCAGUUCGCGGUAUGCUGGAAACGCUUGCUCCAAUUAUUAUUUAUCCAUUAUAUAAUCAAUUAUAUAAGCUCACAUUUGAAACACUACCGGGAGCUUUUUUCCUGUUGACUGCGGUUAUUACUGUUCCAGUUGUCAUACUAUUCGGGUUGACGUACAAAGCCGAUCAAAAAAACAACAUAUUUAAAAAUAACGAAGAUAAUACUGUAGCACAAAAAAAUAAAGAUGAAUGUAAUAACACAGUCAAGGAAGAAUCGAUUAAAACUAUAGAUACUGUUUGACAUCAUUGAUACAUAAACGAAUAUGAUGGUAAUAACAAUAUGGUAAACAUCAUAUUAUAUGUUAUUUGUUAUUAUGUUAUAAACCUUCCUGCCUAUUUGAAUUAUUUUAAUACAGACAUUAUUAAACAUAAUUUUAUUGCAUUUAUAUAAAAUAGUCACUAGUAUACAUUGUACCAUACUUUAAACUAUAAUAAUUGCUUUUGUAAUGUAAAAUUCAAAGCAAAUUCAUACCAAAUCAUAAAUACUUAUAAGUUGUAAGUUUAGAUAGUUUAGUGUAAAUAGUAUAGAAUAAUAUGUAGAUAAGUAAUUAAAGAUAAAUAAAUUAAAUCUAUUAGGUAUAUUAAUAAGAUGUUUUGUAUAUUAUAAUUCUGUCUAUCUAGUAAACAUUAUAAAAUUUUUGUUUUUGUUUAAGAAUUUUUAUUUAAAUAACUUUUAAAAUACAAUGUAGGUACAUGUACCUAUACUUACAAUAGAAACAUUUUAGAAAAACUUAAAAUAGUAUUAAGUGUACUGAAGAUAUAUAACUAUAUUUUAUAACUUGAUAUUAGGUAAGGUACAUAAUAUGUUAUCUUAGGUAAUAGCUAAUAGGUACUUACUACAUGUCUACAUGCUAAUACAAGUUAUUCACGACCUUUUUUUUUAUUUUAAGGAUUCCUCGAUCCAUCAUGUAAUUUAUGUUAAUGAAACUACUGUUUUUUUUAUACAUACAACCAAAAUUAAAUUGUUUUUAUAAAAUUAAAUUGAACUUUUAAAAGAA